ACAGACGGGGAAAUGUAGCCUAUAAAAAAUUUAAAAUGACAGAUUUUAUAGUUUUUCUUUUAUUAAACAUAGAGUUCACCUUUAAAUAAAAUUACAAAUCAUAAACACUGACAUACAGAGGCAAAGUCCAGUCACUAUUUCCUUAAAGUGAGACACCUGUGAGUACAGCUGAUCUUAAACAGUUAAAGAGGAAAACAUGGCAGGACAGCAAAGCCCAGUCAAAAGGUUAAGAAAGACCGUCAAUGGCCACCUUUGUAAUAUUAGCCCCAUAAAAGAUAAACAGAAGCCAUAUUUUGAAGCAUUUCUUCAUCACGAAAGUGAAUGUUGCAAAGUUGUGGCCUUUAAAGAAGAGGACUACGUGAACUUCCAGAAUGCUGAGAAGACUCAGAGUCCAGUUACACUACAGAAUGUGAUGGUACAACCAUCUAAGUCAAAUGGAAGAACUAAUGUGUACUACACCCAUACUUCCAAAAUGUCCUGCGUUCGGGACAUAAGCCAUGCAUUUAAAAAUACCUUGCCCGAUGAACCACAAGACAUAAAAUUGUUUGAACUUCCAAAACUGGAUAUUAACCAUCUGAGGAUUAAUAUUAAUGUGAAGAUUAUCCUGGAGGGAUACAAGGGGCACAAUGUUGUGUGGAAUGGACGCUACCUUCCAAAAACUGUAUAUACUGUAGCAGAUACCACAUGCUAUGUAAGUCUAACUGUUUGGGGUGAGGAAAGCGUCACUGUUGGAGAAUGGUACAAGAUUACAAAUGUCUCAGUCAAACAGUUUAAAGAGAAAAAAUCCCUAUCAACUACCAAACAGACACAGAUUCUUAGCAUCCCAUCUCAAGGUACCACAGUUGAUGUUGAAGUGCCUAUAAAGUCUUUAAAGUGUAACAUUAUCGGUGUAAACAUAAAAAGUCUCUUCAUUUGUCAUCGUAAGCAUCAACUUAAAAACAUAAUACUAUCAAGACCAAGUGUGUAUUGUUACUCGUGUAAAACACAUUACAAAAUCACAGCUGCCAUCAUGAAGAUCAGCGGGCACCUGGAACUCAAACCAGAAACGGGGGACAUUAUAAUAAAGGCAAAUGCUGAAGAUGAGGUCAUAAGAUCAGCGCUUGCCAUGAACGCAAACGCAUCUCAAAAUGAUAUCAUUCAGGGACUUUUGUCUUUACCCCUGAUGCAGAUGACCAUUUGCAACAACGUCAUUGUGAAGAUGGAAGAAUCAAAAUGUCCUGUGACCGAGUCGGAUCAAGUGAUGGCAUCUCUUUCUGUGAUGAAUCAAGCAGAAGAUACCACUGAUGUCUACUCACCCCAAGAUAUCAGGCUCUUCUUCAGUUCCCAACGGCAAAAACGAAAUCUAUCAAUUGAUUCUAAACCCAAAAGAUCUAAAGACCAUCAAAGCUUGGUAGCCAUCAGGGCCGUGCACAGGAUUUUAUAAAUACAGAGGUCCAAAUAUGUAUUUUUAAUCGACCGAUACAGAUUAUUAUUAUAUAUGAAAAUAAAACCACACAUUUUCUU